UGCCGCUUCUUCUUCUUCUUCUUCGUUCUCCGAAGGGUUUUAGGGUUUCGUUUGUCCCAUCAUUAUGGAUCCUUAUGUAACGGAAACAGUCCUCGAAGAUGAAAUCCAGGAUGCUAAACCAUCCGAAGAUGUUGAAGACGAUGACGACAAAUCUCAGCCUCACUCUGGUGGUGGCGUCGAUAGUGCUGGAAAGAUAUUUGUUGGAGGUUUAGCCAGGGAGACAACUUCAGCUGAAUUCGUCAAGCAUUUUGGGAAAUAUGGAGAGAUUACUGAUUCUGUGAUUAUGAAGGAUAGGAAGACUGGACAGCCCCGUGGGUUUGGGUUUGUGACAUAUGCUGAUGUCUCUGUGGUCGACAAAGUUAUGGAGGACAAUCACAUUAUCAUUGGGAAGCAGGUUGAGAUUAAGCGGACAAUACCAAGAGGAUCCAUGAGCACUAACGAUUUCAAAACCAAGAAGAUAUUUGUUGGUGGAAUCCCUUCAUCUGUGGAUGAUGAUGAGUUCAAGGAAUUUUUUAUGCAAUUUGGAGAGCUCAAGGAACAUCAGAUUAUGCGUGAUCACUCAACUGGAAGGUCACGUGGUUUUGGGUUUGUUACGUAUGAAAGUGAAGAUAUGGUUGACCAUCUCUUGGCGAAAGGGAACAGAAUUGAGCUCUCAGGGACUCAGGUUGAGAUAAAGAAGGCAGAGCCAAAAAAACCAAACUCAGUUACAACCCCGUCAAAGCGGUUUGGUGACUCUCGCUCUAACUUUGGUGGAGGUUAUGGAGAUGGUUAUGGUGGUGGACACGGUGGGGGAUAUGGUGGUCCAGGUCCUUACAAAUCAGGUGGUGGCAGUUAUGGAGGUGGCCGGUCUGGUGGUUAUGGAGGUUAUGGAGGAGAAUUUGGUGGGUACGGCGGCGGUGGAUACGGUGGUGGCGUGGGACCUUAUAGAGAACCAGCACUUGGAUAUUCUGGUCGAUAUGGAGGAGGAGGAGGUGGUGGUUACAACAGAGGGGGUUACGGUAUGGGAGGAGGGGGUGGGUAUGGUGGUGGACCGGGCGAUAUGUAUGGUGGGCCAUAUGGUGAACCUGGUGGUGGUUAUGGUGGACCAAGUGGCAGUUAUGGAGGCGGUUAUGGUAGUAGCGGUAUUGGUGGAUAUGGUAGUGGAAUGGGUGGUGCUGGUGGCGGAGGCUAUAGAGGUGGCGGCGGCUAUGACAUGGGUGGACUUGGAGGGGGAGGCGGAGGAGGUUAUGGAGGUGGCGGAAGUGGAGGAGGCUCGUUUUAUGGAGGAGGAGGUGGAGGAAGUAGAGGCGGAUAUGGAGGAGGCAGCGGAAGGUACCAUCCUUAUGGAAGGUAGAGAGUUACUAAAAAAGCUUGAAUCUUUUUCUUACUCCUUGCGUCAUGCUUAGUUUGUGUAAUGGUUAUCAAGAGUGAUAGCUAGUUAUUGUAUUCUGAGAGAGGAGGCUUUUAGGGCUUUGAUUCCCUCGAGUAGUGUUGACAUACAUUUUUAGAUAAUUAUCUCGGCGUAACAAUGCCAGAUUAUUUUUUUCCUU